CAUGGCUGCUCUGUCUACGUCCAUUCCGGUGGUAUUAGGGAAGCUUAGCUCAAUAUCAGAAUUCCCAAACAAACCUAAGAAAUUUGCUGCAAACUUGCAAACGCUUGACUCAUCGCUGAUGAAAAUUAGCUAUCUGAUUAGGGGUGCAGAGGAGAACCAACAAGAUGAAGGCCUGAAGAACUGGCUUCAGAAGAUCGAAGAUGUUGUGUACGACGCAGACAACCUGGCGGAUGAGCUUUUAUACGAAGACACGCGAUGCAAACGGGACCCUGAGUCUCAAAAACGAGGGCUCUGGGCACGGACGUUCAACCCUUCUUUUGGGGAACGAUAUGGCAAGGCGAUGCAAUCAGAGAUCAAGCUAAUUGUGGAACUUAUUGAUUUCCUUGUUAUGGAAAAACCCAACUUUAACUUCCCAAAGAAAAGAGUAUCACACAAGUUGCAGACCACUCCUGUUGUAGAUGCAACCGAAGUCGUUGGUAGAGACGAAGACAGGAGACACAUCAUUGACUUGUUGCUAUCAGGGGAUGCAGAUCUUGAUGGGAUUGCCAUAAUCGGCAUGGGUGGGUGUGGAAAGACCACUCUUGCGCAGCUUGUAUACGGUGAUGUAUUAGUUCGGAGGCAUUUUGAUCUCACAGCAUGGAUAAGUGUUUCCUUUGACUUCGAUGUUAUGAAAAUCACCAGGAUGAUACUUGAGGCCAUCACUCGCCAUAUUCCUGAGGGCUCUGACCUAAAUCUGCUUCAAAGUAGACUGCGCGAAAGCUUAGCGGGGAAGAGAUUUCUACUUGUCUUAGACGAUGUUUGGAAUGAAGAUAUUAAAAAAUGGGACCUCCUACGAACUCCUCUAAAUGAUGGUGGAUGGGGAAGCAAGAUCCUGAUUACCACACGCAACGCAGAAGUUGCGGAUGUUAUGGGGUGUUCCACUCGUUAUCAGCUAAGACUUUUAACAAACCAGGAUUGCUGGCAUGUAUUUAAUAAGUCUGCAUUUGCUAAGAUGAGUGAAACUGAUGCAAAAGAUCUGGAGGAUAUUGGCAAGGAGAUUGUGAAGAAAUGCCAUGGCUUGCCUCUGGCAGCAAAAUCAAUUGGGAGCCGCUUGCUUUUUAGAAGGUCCCGUCCGGAAUGGUAUCAUGUACUGAAGAGCAUAUCAUUGGAAUUCAGACAUGAAUCAUUUUUUCCAAUUCUAAGAUUGAGCUAUGAUCACCUCCCCGCUCAUCUAAAGCCAUGUUUUGCUUAUUGCUCGUUGUUUCCCUCGGAUUUUGAGUUUGAGAAGGAAAAACUGAUCCUCUUGUGGAUGGCAGCGGCGCUUCUAGUACCUUCUGCGUUUGGUGGCCUAUCAAUGGAACAGGUAGGCGCUAAUUACUUUGACGGAUUAUUAAAUAGGUCAUUUUUUACACCAGUUGGUGGCUCCUACUUUAAAAUGCAUGAUCGUAUACAUGAUUUGGCUAGUUUUGCAUCUGAAGGAGUAUGUCUUAGAUUAGAAGGCAAUUGUUCAAUACCUAAGGGAACGCGCCAUCUAUCCAUUGUAACCGGCCAAUAUGAUACCCCUGGGAGACUCUACUGCACUGAUGAAGCUAACAGAUUAAGGACCUUGUUUCUGAUUAAUUCUCCCUUAGAUCAUGGAUCUUCUCAAUUACGUUCUUACGCAGUGGAGAAUAUUUUGGCGAGACAACAAAGAUUGCGAGUCCUACUUUUGUCUCACUUUCAAGAAGCUCAAUUCCCUGAUUCAAUAGGCAAAUUGAAACACCUACGUUACCUCGACCUCUCAGAAAGUGCAUUACAAAGUUUGCCUGAAUCGUUGUGUACUCUGUACUUUCUAGAAACACUGAUACUGACAAACUGUGUAAAUCUUAUUAUGUUACCGAGAAACGUUGUAAAGCUGUUUAAUUUAAGACAUCUCCACAUUAAGGGAACUGGUUUGCAGCAGAUGCCAGAAGAAAUGAGCAGAUUAAAACGCCUUCAGACCUUGACUAAUUUUAUUGUGGGCAAUGGGCAGAAAAUCAAAGAGUUGGGGGCGCUUAUAGCUCUUCAUGGAACACUGUCCGUUUCAAAGUUGCAAAAUAUAUCCUCAUCAUCUGAUGCAUCAUAUGCCAAGUUGAAAGCUAAGAAAUAUCUCAAUGAACUGCAUUUGGAGUGGAGCGACAGUGAAAGUGACCCAGUCAAGGACACGGCAGUGUUGGAGAAUCUAGAGCCUUCUAAAGGAUUGAAAAAACUUACAAUUCGAUUUUAUGGGGGCACGAAGUUCCCGUCUUGGUUGGGAGACUCUUCAUUCUCAAAUAUAGUGUUUCUGUGUCUCCGUGACUGCAAUAAUUGCUCCUCUUUGCCCCCACUUGGACAGCUCCCAUCUCUAGAACAUCUCAUAAUUGAAAGGAUCAUCAAUGUCAGUAGCAUCGGCCAUGAAUUCUAUAGGGUGGAUGAAUCCGUUUCUAAACCUUUUCAGUCUCUCAAGACUUUAACAUUUGAAAGAAUGCCACGAUGGGAACAGUGGGUAUCACUUCAAGGUGAAGAAUUUCCCUGCCUGCAGAAGCUUAAUCUAACAGACUGUCCAAAUUUGAAGGGUGGUUUACCGAAGAGCCUUCCUUCUUUGGUAGAACUGAGGAUCUCCGAAUGUCAGCAGCUUGCUGAUUUACUUCCAAGGGUUCCAGAGAGUUGUAAGUUGGAGUUAUCCAAUUGUGAUAAGGUGCGCCUGAGAAGUAUUGGUGGUAAUCUGUCAAGAAAUGAUGGUGAAGAAGCAUCUCGUUUUCCUUCAAGCAUGUUUGAGAUUUCAGGCCAUGACUCUUUUAGCAUUCCAGAACACUCCAUACCAAGUAAGAAAGUGGAUGAUUCCUUUGGCUUUCCAGAGCACUCCAUACCAAGUAAGAAACCGGAUGAAUUUUUUGGCUUUCUACAGAGCUCCACACCAAGUGAUGAGAGAUUGGAUGAUUCUUUUCUCUUUCCAGAGCACUUCAUACCAAGUAAGAAACUGGAUGAUUCUUUCUCAUCUCCUUCUUCUGUGGCAUUCAAAGUGUCAAGUAUCACAAAAUUAAUGGAAUUACCCCCCGGGUUGCCCAGCCUCAAAAUUGAGAGGUGUGAUGCCUUAGAGUCCCUACCUACAGGAACACUGGACAGACCUCUUCUUCAACGUCUGUAUAUCGUCGAUUGUGAUUCACUCAAGACCUUUCCUCAACUUCAUCAACCAAGUUCACUGAAACGACUUUAUAUCCACAACUGCAGAAACUUAGAGUUUCCCCAACAUAAUGAGAUUGCGAAUCAGUUUAUUCUCCUUGAACAUUUAUGUUUAGGAAGCAGCUGUGAUUCUCUGGGGUCCUUCCGCUUGGAUUCCUUCCCAAACCUUAAAACUCUUAGUCUCUGGGACUGCAAAAAACUUGAAUAUCUUUCAAUGGAGAAGGGUUCGCAAAACGAUCUAAAGUCACUUGAGGUCUUGGAAAUCAGGGAUUGUCCUAACUUGACAACUUUUCCUGAAGAGGGAUUGGAAGCGCCAAGCUUGACAUCACUUGUUUUGUCCAACUGCAACAACCUCAAGUCACUGCCACAAUGGAUGCAAAACCUCACAUCUCUUCAAUCACUGCACAUAAACAAAUGCAGGGAAUUGCAGCCACUUCCACCGUGGCGCCUGCCUUCCAGCUUAAAUAUACUCUGCAUCUCUUUCUGUGACAAAAUCAUUCCUCAGACAGGGUGGGAAUUACAUAAACUUCAUUCUCUUAGUAAUUUUGAGAUUGAGGGUGGAUGCCAAGACAUGUUGUCAUUUCCAGAGAACCGGCUGCUGCCAACUAAUCUGAAUUCUUUACGCAUCAGCAGCCUUUCGAGUCUGAAAUCCCUGGAUAAAACUGGGCUUCAGCAACUCACCUCGCUUCAAUCUCUAGAAAUAAACGGGUGUAACGAGCUGCGUUCCUUGCCAGAAGAGGGGUUACCUUCCUCCCUAUGUCAUCUUAGUAUCACGGACUGUUCUUCACUGAAUUCGAAGCUUGAAAAGAGGAAAGGAAAGGAGUGGUUCAAGAUAGCUCAUAUUCCUUCGAUCCACCUUGGGUGAGAUGACAACAGGUUAAACAGACUUUCCCUUUGCGGGAGUCCAUUGCUGCUUUGCUCCUAAAUGUCAAGGCGCCUGGAGGCUUUGAAAGAUCAUCCAAAAGUAUUAAAAUAAUGCAGGGUGCCCGUGGAGAGGAAAGGAAGGAGAUGCUUGGUUCUAGAAUUGCCGAGCGUUAAUGCUGUGUUUUUCUGGUUGCUGAAUUAUGUGAACUCUUUCUAUGCU